AAUCUGUUCUGGAUUCUCCACAGAUAUCCAGGAUCUCUCCCAUUCUGCUCCGGCGGCACUCACGGCUAUGACAACGAUGCCGAGAGCAUGCACGCCAUGUUUGUCAGUUACGGACCCAAGUUCAAGAACGUAACAGAAAUUGAACCUUUCUCCAACAUUGAGCUAUACAAUCUCAUGUGUGACCUUUUGCAGAUCACUCCAAUUGAGAACAACGGGACCCACGGCAGUAUGAACCAUGUCCUCAGGGAACCCUAUUUUAUACCAGCGCAUCCUGAAGAGCGGAGUGGACCGACUAGCUUUCCUCUGAUCAGCCUCACGCCUACAGACAGCCUGGGAUGCACAUGUGAUGCCCUGGUAGGUAUUAUCACAAUUAAAUUAAUUAUUA